AUGGAUUUCAGAUCAGGAUCGGCAACCGUGUCGAGUAUCUUCGAGACGCAGCUCCGCCCUUCUUUUCGUCUUCCGCUUCCACCGCCCACCUUUUGCAUUUCCCUCCUCCUUUCUCCUCUGCGCUUAGCUCCGCCCGCUCAUCCAUGGAACCGGAGGUUCCUACAAUGAGCGACAAGGAGCUCCUCAUGAAGCUACAAGAGGCUUUGGGUUCGGAUCCCGACAAUCCCCGCCACCACUACGACCUGGGCAUUUAUUUAUGGGAAAGAGCAGAAGCAAUGGAGCUGUCUGCUGAGCAAGUGAAGCAGUUAAAAGAGAAAGCAGCGGAGCAUUUCUUGGCCUCUGCGAAGUUGAACCCUAGCAACGGCCCCGCGUUCCGGUUCCUAGGGCAUUACUACAGAGAGGUUUCAGUGGAUGCACAGAGGUCAGUCAAGUGCUACCAGAGGGCUGUUGCCUUGGAUUCCAAUGACUCUGAAGCUGGAGAUGCGUUAUGCGAUCUUUUGGAUGGGGAGGGAAAGGAAAGCUUGGAGAUGGCUGUAUGUAAGGAAUCAUCAGAGAAAUCUCCCAGAGCUUUCUGGGCAUUUCGAAGAUUGGGAUACUUGCAGAUCCACCAACGAAGAUGGUCUGAGGCUGUACCAAACCUUCAGCAUGCAAUACGAGGCUACCCAGCAUGUGCAGAUCUGUGGGAAGCACUUGGUCUGGCAUACCAUCGUUUAGGCAUGUUUACUGCUUCUCUAAAGUCAUAUGGACGAGCCAUUGAGCUGGAGGAGUCAAGAAUAUUUGCAUUGGUGGAGAGUGGUUAUAUCCAUACAAUACUUGGUUCUUUCAGAAAAGGAGUUGAACAAUUUCAAUUUGCUUUGCAAUUAGCACCACAUAACAUAUCUGUAAACCUUGGACUUGCUUCUGCAUUGCUUGGUUGGUCAAAGGAGUGCGUAAAAUCUGGAGCAUUUGUUUGGGCAGCUGAUCUCUUGAGGGAAGCAUUAGAAGCAACCAAAACUAGUACCUCUUUAUCUGGAAAUUUAUUUUCUGCUUGGAAGUUGCAAGGGGAUAUUCAGAUUGCAUAUGCAAAUUGCAUUCCAUGGGAAAAUGAGAAAAAAGGGUAUGACGUAGAUGAGGAAAUCUUCAAGUUGUCAAUUGUCAGUUGGAAGAAGGAACGAAAUUCUGCUGCAAACAGUUCUAAGCACUCAUACCAGCGUGCUUUACACUUGGCUCCAUGGCAGGCUAAUAUUUACACUGAUAUUGCAAUCUCGAUUGAAUUAAUUGACUCUCUAGAAGAGAAAAACAAAGAUGGACAGGAUGCUUGGCAGCUGCCAGAGAAGAUGGCUUUGGGUGGUUUGAUGCUGGAGGGAGGCAAUAAGGAAUUCUGGGUUCUGCUUGGAUGUUUGGCAAGCAAUGAUGCUCUGAAGCAACAUUCUUUGAUUAGAGCGUUGCAGUUGGAUUUAUCUCUUUCAUCAGCAUGGGCACAUCUUGGCAAGCUAUAUAGAAGCUUGGGAGAGAAGCAGUUGGCAAGCGAAGCAUUUGACCAUGCAAGAAGUAUUGAUCCUUCUUUGGCAUUGCCAUGGGCUGGCAUGUCAUCUGGGUUUGAUGAUGGGCUUUGCUCGGCGAAUGAAGCAUAUGAAAGUUGCCUUUGGGCUGUGCAGAUACUUCCUCUUGCCGAGUUUCAGAUUGGUCUUGGUGUACUUGCUGUUCUUUCUGAUCAUGAGCUGUCUCCACAGGUAUUUGGUGCCAUACAACAGGCUGUUCAUCGGGCUCCAUUCUCAUCUUUGGCACAUAAUUUACUAGGCUUGGUUUGUGAAUCACGGACAGAUUAUCAGUCUGCAGUUAUUGCAUACCAACAGGCUAGAUAUAUUUUGAAGAACUUUCCAUGUUUUGAGGGUGAUGUUCAAGCACACUUUGUUGAUGUGUCAGUCAACCUUGCUAGAUCGCUAUGUAAGGCAGGUCGUGCAAUUGAUGCUGCACACGAGUGUGAUCAUUUGGAAAAAGAAGGCUUCUUAGAUGGCAAGGGCUUGCAGAUAUAUGCUGUGGCAUUAUGGAAUCUUGGACAGAAUAACAGAGCUCUUACAGUGGUGCGUAAACUGGCUGAGAAUAUCUCGACCAUGAAGCAGACAUCGGCAAAUGCUGCCCUUGGGUUGAUAUGCACUCUAGUAUACAACAUUUCAGGAUGUGAUUCUGUAGUUGCAACCAUUAGCAAACUUCCAAGUAAUUUGUUGCAAAGUACAAGAAUGAGUCUUAUUGUUUGCGCAUUGAAUGCUUUAGACACAAAUAAUAGGCUGCAGUUGCUACUUCCAACUAUUUCUCCAGCUACUGCUUCUCAUGGUAUAGUUAGUGAAAUGCAUUCCCUUACUGCUAUUAGCAAAAUGAUCACAUGUGAAUCUGAUCAAAGUUUAGCAAUUGGCAAAGGAGUAACUUACCUAAAAAAGGCUCUUCAUAUGUAUCCUAACAAUAACUUACUGAGAUGCCAUCUUGGUUCACUUUUAUUAUCUAGUGAAGACUGGAUAGCUCCUGCAAAAGCAUCUAGGUGUACUGUCAUUCCUACUGGAAGCUUAUAUCCUGUAAAGAAAGGAUUUAAAUUGCCGCAUGAAAUCCAUGGUGCUGCAGCAGUUGCCUGCCAUUCCUUGUGUUCUACCAAUCCAAAAUUUUCUUUCCCCACAUGCGAUGAUUGCCUUAUGCAUGGAGCUAGAAGUUUGCCUUUACUACAAAGAUGGUUACAUCAAGAACCUUGGAACCAAAAUGCUCGCUAUUUGCUUAUUCUUAAUCUAUUGCAGAAAGCUCGUGAACAAAAGUUUCCUCAGCAACUUUGCAUUACGUUGAAACACUUGGUUUCAGAUGCCAUUUAUAGAGAGAAUCUUAUAGAAAAUAAUCACUCUCAUUCAAGGCAUUUCCUCUUGCUACUGUGUGCAUCAGAAUUAAGUUUGCAGAGUGGUGAUGCUUUAGGAUGUAUACGUAAUGCUACUGAUGCGUUAAGCCUUCUCCCUACAUCUAGUGAUUCAUUUUUUGCACACCUGCAACUGUGCCGUGCAUAUGCAGUGCAACAGGACUUCUCAAACCUUAGGAAUGAGUAUGCUAACUGUUUACAGACGAAGACACUUCAUCCUAUGGGAUGGUUAUCACUAAAAUAUCUUGCAUCUAGAUACAGUUUACAGAAGAAUUCAGACAUAAUAGAUGCAAAUUUCUAUGCAUGUGCAACCACUAAAGGAAGUUCCUUUGAUCACUGGAUUGCUAAUUUUGAAUUAGUUAGUGCUCAAUGUUAUAUGUGGGAUCAGGAGUAUUUGCAAGCAGAGCAAGCCUUGACACGAGCUUGUGCCGCAAAUACGAACAGCUGCCUUCUACUUUGUCAUGGUGCCAUCUGUAUGGAGCUUGCUAGGCGCCAGGCAGGCCCUCAGUUUGUGUCUGCUGCAAUUAGCAGCCUUAUCAAGGCGCAGAACAAUUCACCUACUCUCUUGCCCAUCGUUUCAUUGUUGUUGGCUCAAGCAGAAGCAAGCUUUGGUGCAAAGACCAAGUGGGAGAAGCACCUUCAACACGAAUGGUUUGCUUGGCCAGAAGAAAUGAGGCCAGCUGAGCUGUAUUUCCAAAUGCACUUGCUCGCAAAACAAUCAAAUUCAGGCUCUAUCCAAGAUCCUGGCGUAGCAUCGAGUCAAAGCCCUGAGAGGUGGAUACAACGAGCUAUACAUUUGAACCCAUCAUGUUCAAGGUACUGGAAAGUCCUUCACAAGGUUAUAGUUUCAUAUUGACUGCUUAUUCUGAAGCCCUCUCCCCUUUGAUGGUCGGUUUAGAUUGCGUUCCCUUCUCACAUAUUCUAAACCCGAUAAUUACUAACCGACUAAUCUCUUGUAGCUCACCAUCUCCAAGUCAAUUAUCUAUCAUUGCACAUGUUAGAACCCAUCUAAUGUAACUUAUUCAAACGUGUAUUGAAAAUUUUGCUCGGCUAUCAUUUCUUGCAAUUUACAUUUUGGAUCU